UAGUGGCGUAAACCAGCCUAAGUAAUCUGGUCACACUGCGACCCAAAAAAUUAAUCAAGAAUAAUAAAGGAAAAAACUGAGGGAAAACAAAGCUCGCCUCGAAAGACAACUCUACUUCCAUCAAGAUUUUCACAUACAAAUAGAACAAUGGUGUGCGUACCGUGCUUUAUCAUUCCACUUCUGCUAUAUAUUUGGCACAAGUUCGUCCAGCCGAUCCUGUUGCGAUACUGGAAUCCCUGGGAGAAGAAAGAUGCCGAUGGCAAUGUGAUUAAGAAGGGUCCGGAAUUUCCAUUCGAGUGCAAGGGCGGCGUUUGUCCAUUUGUUCCUGGUUCCAAAAAAGACAACACGGAAGGUGAUUUAAAGGAUUCCGAAAACCCUCACCUAACAACUACUCCAACGGCAACGGAAACGGAAGCGGAGGAAUCCAAAAAGGAAAUCUAGUCAAUAUUUUCCAAAACCUACAUAUAUAGUCCAAUUUUUUUUUUUUCUCUGCUUGUCUAUAAGAAACACUACGCACACAUUUGAUAACAACGUCAUCAUGCGAUGUGUGGGCGGGCGGCGAUGGGUAAGAGGCGUGGCCGCUAGGGAGCACUAAGAACGCUUAACUUGUAAUUAAUAUAAAUAAAAUGAACACCUUGACCACACUA